AUGGCAGGAUUCAAGAUUUGCAAGGUGAUCUUUGCUCUUUUAACGGUUACCAGCCUUUUAGGAGGUAACGUGGUGGGCGAUGAAGUCACCCAGGAAGUUGCAGUAGAAGUACCUAAGCGAGAAAGUGCUAACCUCUCAGGUGAUAAUAAUGAGCCAGCUCAAAAGAAAAGCUGGAUGCCGCGGUGUCGCUUGCCUUGGUCCGAGGAUGUGGAGUGGAGUCCCGAAGUUGCCCAGCAACGUUUCCAACAAGUCCUUGAGCGAGUAAGCAAAUAUGACCCGACGGAAGAAUCGCAUAAACCAUAUGAAGAAAUAUUCAAAGGACUGACUGAAAAGGCUGACGAUAUUUUGCCGGACCGUAUUAUGAUGGUGCUCGGUCGAGCACCACCUGGCGUUAUUCCUCUUUAUCUAUCCGACAGGCUCAGUGCUUACCUUGCCUACUCGCUAGCGGAGAAACAUUACGGCCCUCGUCCUGUACAUUGGCGCGAGAGAAUCACAUGGGAUCGCCAUCGUGACAUGCUACAGUCUUUCAUCAAGGAGGCGCUUAAAGGACCCGCACCAAUGGAGUUCCGAUAG